CCGCGUCCCGCCCCGACACCGCCACCAUGAACAAGCUGUACAUCGGCAACCUCAACGAGAGCGUGACCCCCGCGGACUUGGAGAAAGUGUUUGCGGAGCACAAGAUCUCCUACAGCGGCCAGUUCUUGGUCAAAUCGGGCUAUGCCUUCGUGGACUGCCCCGACGAGCACUGGGCAAUGAAGGCCAUCGAAACUUUCUCCGGGAAAGUCGAAUUGCAAGGGAAACGCCUAGAGAUUGAACACUCGGUCCCCAAAAAACAAAGGAGUCGGAAAAUUCAGAUCCGAAAUAUCCCACCCCAGCUCCGUUGGGAAGUGCUGGACAGCCUGCUUGCUCAAUAUGGUACAGUGGAAAACUGCGAGCAAGUGAACACCGAGAGUGAGACUGCUGUGGUGAAUGUCACCUAUUCCAACCGGGAACAGACCAGGCAAGCCAUCAUGAAGCUGAAUGGCCACCAGUUGGAGAACCACGCCUUAAAAGUCUCUUACAUUCCCGAUGAGCAGAUAGCACAGGGUCCUGAGAACGGGCGCCGAGGAGGCUUUGGCUCUCGGGGUCAGCCUCGCCAGGGCUCCCCUGUGGCAGCGGGGGCUCCAGCCAAGCAGCAGCAAGUGGAUAUCCCCCUGCGGCUCCUGGUGCCCACCCAGUAUGUGGGUGCCAUCAUUGGCAAGGAGGGGGCCACCAUCCGAAACAUCACGAAACAGACCCAGUCUAAGAUAGAUGUGCACAGGAAGGAGAAUGCAGGCGCUGCAGAGAAGGCCAUCAGCGUCCACUCAACCCCUGAGGGCUGCUCAUCUGCGUGUAAGAUGAUCUUGGAGAUUAUGCAUAAGGAAGCAAAGGACACCAAAACGGCCGACGAGGUUCCCCUGAAGAUCCUCGCCCAUAAUAACUUUGUGGGGCGUCUAAUUGGCAAGGAAGGACGGAAUCUGAAGAAGGUGGAGCAGGACACAGAGACCAAGAUCACCAUCUCCUCGCUGCAGGACCUCACCCUGUAUAACCCUGAGAGGACUAUCACCGUGAAGGGGGCGAUUGAGAACUGCUGCAGGGCUGAGCAGGAGAUCAUGAAGAAAGUUCGGGAGGCCUACGAGAACGACGUGGCUGCCAUGAGUCUGCAGUCACAUCUCAUCCCCGGCCUGAACUUGGCAGCUGUUGGUCUUUUCCCAGCCUCGUCCAGUGCAGUCCCACCACCUCCCAGCAGUGUCACGGGAGCUGCUCCCUACAGCUCCUUUAUGCAGGCUCCGGAGCAAGAGAUGGUGCAGGUGUUCAUCCCUGCACAGGCAGUGGGCGCCAUCAUUGGGAAGAAGGGGCAGCACAUCAAACAGCUCUCCCGUUUUGCCAGUGCCUCCAUUAAGAUUGCUCCUCCCGAAACUCCUGACUCCAAAGUUCGUAUGGUCAUCAUCACUGGACCCCCAGAGGCUCAGUUUAAGGCUCAGGGAAGAAUUUAUGGAAAACUCAAGGAGGAGAAUUUCUUUGGUCCCAAGGAAGAAGUCAAGCUGGAGACCCACAUCCGGGUGCCAGCGUCAGCUGCUGGCCGAGUCAUUGGCAAAGGCGGCAAAACGGUGAAUGAAUUGCAGAAUUUGACAGCGGCUGAGGUGGUAGUGCCAAGAGACCAGACCCCAGAUGAGAAUGACCAGGUCAUUGUCAAGAUCAUCGGGCAUUUUUAUGCCAGCCAGAUGGCGCAACGGAAAAUACGAGAUAUCCUGGCCCAAGUUAAGCAGCUGCACCAAAAGGGACAGAGUAACCAGGCCCAGGCACGAAGGAAGUGACCAGCCCCUUCCUGUCACAUCGACUCAAGGACAACGGGCUGAAAUCGAGAGCGCGUUCUCCCCAGCAGGCCUGAGAAUGAGUGGGAAUCAGGGACACUUGGGCCGGGAUGUAGAUCAGGUUUGCCCACUUGCUUGAGAAAGAGACGUUCCAGUGAGGAACCCUGAUCCCUCGGCCCCACAUGCCCAACCAAUUGGCCCAACACUGCCCACCCCUCAGGGUGUCACCAUGGAAAUUCUAGCUCAGGGUGCUUUUAAACGUGGAUUGUUUUAAGUAAGUUCUCCAGGUCCCACCGAGAGGGUGGGUCAGACCCCAGUGGGAAGAGAAAUAAAAUUUCCUUCAGGUUUUUGAAUCAUGCAGAGGGGUGUUUUAAUCAGCCUCAAAGGAUGGUUUGCUUCUCAACCCUAAAAUCCUUCCAACCUUCUCCUGCUUGGUCCGUUGAUUAAAAUACCUCUAUUCUUGUGCCCUGACAUAGCCUCUUCCUAUAUAGUCUCUUCCUAUAUUCACACAAAUUGUUUUAUCUGUACUGCUACUAGAAAAACUGGGAACUGACGCAUUGCUUUGCUUACGUUAUUGAUUCAAAGGAGAAGACACACCAGCAUCUAUAGUUUAAUUCCACUCCUUCCCUAACCAACCAAUAGGAACAGCAGGGGAUAAAGAAUGGGGGAGAAAUAUGAUUAAAAUAUAUAGUAAUCCACGUUUAAAAGGAGUGCCCUUAUGGCUGAUCUAGUCCAGAUCACCAUCUUGAAAAAUUGGCGCAAUUAAAAUUUUUCCAUUCUGUCGGGACUUCCCCACCAAGAUUCCCUGCCCCAUCACGUACUUCUACCCAUCUAGGUGCACAUGGGUGGUACUGAAUGCUCAGCGGGAUAGGGGCUGACCACUGUACUGUCCCUGAUUCCCAUCAUUCUCAGGCAGAUUUUAUAUUUUUUUAAAGUCUAUUUUAAUGAUUGGAUAUGAGCACUGGGAAGGGGACAUAACUCCCCUUGAUAAAGUCUCAGUUCCAUGGAGGACUUAGAGUGGCCCCAAAGGCUGCCACUGUGCCCUCACUCCAGCCCAUGUUCUCCUAUAAGGGCUGGUUCCCAGAGGCAGGAGUUGCGGGGCACUCCCCCACCACGGCACUGUUCCCUUGGUGGCGGUGGGAUGUGGAACCCAACCCUGAGCUCCCGGUAAAGCUAAAGUCUGUCAUCUGGCACGUAUUAUGAAUAUUCAGUACAUUGGAGAGUAUUUGCUUCUGUUUUUAUGCUAGAGGCAUAUUUAACUGAUGGCUUCUGCCUCCAUGAAUCAUUGGCACGAUGGUAGUUGUGCCUGAAAACAAAAUUCAAAAUACCAGCAUCGUUAUGCACAGAGAGGUAAAUAAGCUUAAUUUAUUAAUUUACCAGGCUCAAUAAGAUCCCGUUGGAAGUUCAGCCCUUGUGGAAGACGGCAGCCAUCAGUUAAAUGGGGUUAGGCCUCCCCCCUCCUAAUAUACUGAUUGUCAAUGCAUAUUAGCCAGGUGGUGCACUUUAGCUACCUUGGACAAUGCUAUCAAGUGUGCUGGGAAGGGAGGAAGGCCUCUCUCUGCAUGUGGAAAAGCCCAUGCGUGGAGUCCCCUCCUUCCAACACUGCAACAACGACAGUAGUGAUAACGAGACAACCAUGACAUGUGGGCGGAGUCAGGUAAUGCUGUGUGCGAAGUAAACUACCUCAAGGUAUGAAGUUACCUCAGCAAUUACUUUCCUUUUUGUUCCCCCCACCUUUUUUUUAAUCUUUUUUUUCUUUGCGGCUUGCUGAUAUUUUAUAUAAAAAAAAAGAAAAAGCAAAGCAAAAGAGAAGCUGAUAGUCUUGAAUAUAUUAUUUUUUUAAUGAAAAGAAAAAAACAAGAAAGUUAUGUUUCAUAAUUUCUUACAACAUGAGCCAGUGUAAGCCUUUAGGAUCUCUCUAUGGAGAACAGGCCCUGUGGGAAAGGCAGCAAGGGCUGGCUCUUUGGGGGAGGAGGCUGAGGCUGAGCAGGUAGGCCCAAGGUUGAGAGAGUCUAGGGGGAGGCCCUGAUUUCUUACUCCCAAAUUCCUAAGCCACUGGCCUCCUGGGAACUCCUGCCUGCUGGGAUUCAGAGACCUAGCAGAACUGUGGGCCUGCGGAGGCCAAAUAACAGUACCCAGCAACCAGCCUCUGGGGUCCCCUCUCUUCCCUUUUUGGUUAAAGGGCAUCCCAGCCAGUUUUCCCCACCAGUGGUACUGUUGAGAUAUUUAAAAUAUUGCCUCCGUUUUAUCGAGGAGUGAAAUAAUAACUAAAAAAUAUACCCGUUUAAAAAGAACUCCAUUUCUCUGUCUAGAAAUAUG